AUGAAUAGCAGUGACAUGUGGCCAGAGACAAACUAUACUCCAUCAUUGUCUCCUAUUAAUAGAAGGAUGCCUGGUAGGCCAACUACUAAGAGGAAGAAAUCCACUACAGAGAAUACAGGAACACACAGGGUUUCUAAGGAUGGAAAGAAAAUCAGAUGUAGUAUUUGCAAGGAGAUAGGUCACAACAAGGCCACUUGUCCACAGAGAAGGCCCCAAAAGUUAAAUGUGAAGAAACAGAAGAAACAAAAAGUAUGUGUGAAGCAAAAUGCAGGACAGGGUAGUACAAGUGAACCACAAAAAUAUGAAGAGGUUGAAAUGACUCCAAUUGAGAUGGAUACUACUCUAAAUGAUAUGCAAGUUGCUCCUACUGAUGUUGAAUCUAGUAGUGGAGGGGAUUUUAGUCAUUAUAUGAAAUUUACUCCACCUAGAUGUUAUGAAGGUGAUGAGGGUGUUAUGGGUGAGGAAGCUGUUGUGGUUGAGCAAGUUGUUCAAGAUGAGGAGGCUGAGGAGGUUGAUCCUAUUAUCCAAGUUGAUAAUGUAAAUGUUCAGGAGGUUGAUAAGGUUAAUCCUAAUGCCCAAGUGGAUAAUGGUAAUGUUCAGGAGGUUGCUCCUGUAAGUCAAGUUCAACAGGUUAGUGUUAGGCCAAUUUCAGAGAUUUUGAAGAGGAUAAGGUGA